AUGUGGAACAAUCAGCAGGGUACCCCACAGUACCCUCAUUGGGCAGAUCCUGAGGGGAUUGUAAGAGAAAUGAUGGAGACUGCCGCAUUAGGUAACCUACACGUCCUUUGUUUUUGUUUUUUGUUUCUUUUUAAACGAUAACUAUCGUCUUGGUUACUUGGUUUAUUAAGGACUUAAGUCUAAUCUGACUUCAUCGGCCCCGUGAUAAACGGCGUUAAGCAUAAGGCUGUAUAAAACUCACAGAUAAUUUUGUUGCAGCUAAAAGCUAUCCAUUAGGGAAUUCAGUUUUAACUUAAAAAUGAUUAGUUUUAAGCGAAUGAGGCCUACGUAUGUAAGUAUAAUGAUUGGGUUGUAAAUGUGCUCUUCUGAUUACAGAAAGAUUACGCACUAUAGGAUUUCUUGGAGGCAAUAGCAAGAGAUCGUGAUUAUAGUCUUCUUCGGCCUAUCCGCACCACCAAAAUUAUUUAUUUAUUUAUUUAUUUAUUUACCAGAUAGGUCAGUCGCUCAAUAAUGAGCAUUUUUUACCGAAUGGACAAAAUGUGAAAGUUUAAGUCGCUCAGGUGGUGCAUUCAAUGAAAUUUGACUGAGUGAAUUCCUCUCAACUGGUGAAUGUCUUCUAUUGCAGGUUCUUCCACCCAUCCUAUGGAUCCUUGCAUGUCUUACUCGCCAACCGCGGGCUAUCUGCAAGGUCUAACAGUCGGUGGAACCUUUGAUGAACACACUACUGGUCCACCAAGUAGUGAGCAGCAGCCGAUGUUGCGGCCUCCUCUCUGUUAUACGCCUCCAGACAGCGUUACAAGUGCAACUACACCAUCUCCAAGUGGAGCCCAAACUGAUGCAAAUACGAGCAGCCAUCAAGAGAGCAACUUCGAUUGUACUUCUCUCCUCGUUCAAAGUCCAGACCCUACUACCUCGAUUAUGGCAUUGCCGUCCUCCCAGACCCCUCUGUGGGACAGAGUGAAUUCCCUAAGCCCCAGUGCUCCUGUUCAUGGGCAUGGCGCAGCCUCAAGGUUUGCGUCGCAGCGUCCUAAGGUCAUCUCUGCCCAGUGCAGUCAAGCGAGCAUAGAGAUCGUUAAUCCAAAGGAUGAAUACGACAAGAUACAGAAAAAACACGGACCCAGGGGAAAAUAUUCAGAACAGAGGAUACAAAAUGGAACGGUAAGGGCUGACUAUUCCUUAGUAAGUAAGCAAACUCACAAAAUGGGGCUUUUGAUACAUAAGUCAAUCAAAACCUGACAAGCCCUUGAAAAGAAGGAAGAUUGGAUUCGAAAGUCACAGCGCAGCAUCAGUAUUAUAAGUCAAGAGAGAAAAGAGCGUGAUCUUUCCUAAUCAGCUUGAUAGGCGACGUCAUCGAUAUUUUAAUAGGCUCCAAACUAGAGAGGAACGAGUCUAGUUGAUGUUGUUGCUGUUUUCUUGUAUUUUCAAAGGUUGAAAUGAGAAUAAAAACCUGUCUGCAGUUAAUACACCUGGAGGUGUACGUGCAGCGUGAGCUCGAGGCUGAGAAAAAGCUUACACAGAAAGAUCCCAGCGCAUACGGAGUGGGACCAACAAGACUUCCCAAGCUACAGACUAAGCAACUAUCCAGUGAGUUUAUUCACCGCUGGUUUUCUAUCAGUUUUUGGUUACAUUUUUCUGUUGAGAUUUAUCCCGAGUGAGGUUCUCCCUUAUUUGGCCUAAGAGGGUAUGUGUCGUUGAACAGGGUAUGGCUUUCAGGGUGACUUGAGUCUAAACAGGGUCAGGAGCCACGAACUUUUAAAAGGGUAUAAAAUUACACUUUAAAGGUCAUUAAGCGUCUUGAACAGGUUGUCUGUUUGAACAAAAAAGAGCUCCAUUUCCGCUAAAUCAUGUCAUCCCUUACAAACGAUAGAGGCGUGUGUGGCCGGAUUCGGAGGUCCGGGGUUUAAGCCUCGCCCAUCCCGUUGUUUCAAUAGACAAGGAACUUUACUCCACUUCGUCUCUCUUCACCUAGCUUUAUAAAUGGGUACCGGCGAUAUACUGCUGGCGGGUAACCCUGCGAUGGAGUAGCAUCCUGUCCUGGGGGGAGUAGCAUUACUCUAAGGUCUUCAUGCAAAUGAAACCGGAAUAAGCUCCGGCCGUUUGGGCCUUUAGCUCGGGUGCGCCUUUACCUUUACUUUUACCUAACAAACGAUCGGGAUAAUUCAUGUCCAACUAUUUAUAUCAGUUUCUGGCUCAUUAAAAUGGGGCGGUGUUGGACUGAUCUUCAGAAACUGUUUGAGAAUACCAUAUUUGAACGUUGAAGAUCUUAUUAUAGGGACUAAAACCUCAUGAUUCUCCUUUGAAUGUGUCGUAAUGGCUACCUGUAAACAGUGUAUGUAAACUAUGUGUAUGCAUGUUAAAGUUAUCAGUAACUUAAAAUCAUCUUUUAGGGAGCGAUUUAACACUGGAACUCUUCACGUACAUUUGCAAGUUCGAUCUGGACUGCGUGUACAAGACGCCAGACAACAAAGAAGUCUACAAGCUAGAGAAAUCCAAAGGCACGGAGUAUAAUCGAUUCCAACUCAAGGUUUACCUUCAGUUUGCCGGUGGAUCUUCCGUGGUUCUGUACCCAUAUGAAUUUGUUCUCAAGAGUAGCAAGACGGGGAGAAGUGAGUAAAAAGUGCUAGAAUGACGAAGUCAAUACGUUAAUUAUAUCAUAUUAUGAUUCUGAAUUCACGUGUACCCCAAUUCAUGCACCUUAGGCUAAGGAAACUAUACUACCACGGGUGUUAUUUACUAACGUUUGAAUGCUUUGCCUCCUUCUUUUUGAAAGCAGCGACCACACCCAACCCAAGUACCUCUGCAUCUCGCCCUUUAUCAGCAGGACCAUCACAGCAAGUUCCAUCAGGUAUUAAAUCACAUCAGUCAAAAUAUCGAUUUGUUGAGAAAAAAAUAUCAAGAAAUCUAAGUAAACGUGUCCUUUAAGAGGGAAGGUAUUGGAGUCCUGGACAAUUGCAGUUAGCUAUAAGAGAAUACAAAUCCCGUAAGAGCGAGACGAGUGGCCCUUUUAAGUAAAAGGGAGGACUCGGUUCUACACAAAAAAGGUAUAGCACCGACCUUGAGUCAGUGUCCACGAGAUUUUGCUAGUUAGCGUAAUGGUUGUAGGCAUAAGAUGCGAGGCGAACGACCCGAGUAAAAGUUCGUCGCCUUUACUUUCCAGAUUUAUCUUUUGCACGAGUUCUCGAUUUUUACGUUUAACCGUAACUGUCAUUUAGAAGGGCGAUGGUCUUCAAGAAAGGGAGGUCACUGAUUAAGAUUAUGAACGGGACUGAACCAAAGGUACUGCUUUCUAGGCUAGACACUCACUUUUGGCAGAACUUAGAAAUGGUAGUCCAGUCUCUAGCAAGGGAAUUGUAAAAACAGCGAUCAUUCGUCAAAAUAGUAUAUCCUGCUAAAUACAGUGAAACUGAGAUAAAGCCCAAUUUUUUCCUCAAAAUUCAAUGCAGGAUGUCUCUCUGAGAAAUUCACGACUACUACGCAGAACGAUAAGCCACCUUCCCUAUGUCUGGCGUUGAUUUUUUAUAACAGCUUUUAAUUAAUUAUGCAGUUUUUUCUUUUCUAGCACAGGUUAGAGUUACUUAAGCUUCACUGAAAAACAGACCUCAAGAUUUACCUUGAAUAAGCGCCCAAAAUUUCGUCUUUUGCGUCUCCAAACGGUGGUUGACGAUUCACCUUCAUACAUCUCAGAUGGGAGAAAACAGACAGGCAAACUAACAAACAAAAACAGGCGCGGGUCUAGGAAAAAUACUGACCGAUUUCCUAGACAAGGGUCGAAGUCGCAAGCUUCUAGGGGGGUCCGGGGGCAAGCUCCACCUUGAAAUAUUUUGGAUUUCUAAGUCAUUCAGCCAGUCAUUGGCCAUUGGCCAGUUCCCUUUUGCAUGGAUGAAGCCUUGCAAAUCGGCGGAUUAUUUCAUCUCUUGAUUUCAACUUGGAAAGUUUUUUGUUGUUAUUAAAAAUAUAUUUAUCAUGACAAAUCUGACCGAUUUCCGUAGAACGGUUUAAAAAGCUUGGUAUUUCUUUCUCAAGGAUACAGCGCCACAGUUCCUUUUCACACUUAGUAAUCCAUCUGUCGUUGGUUAAUUCUCUCUAGAUACUCUCUACUCCAGACUAAUGUGCCAACAGCUUGAAGCUGAGUUUGCAAAGAUCAAAACUGUCGAAUGUGAGCAGAUACGGACGAAAAACCACGACAUUGCUUACUACAUCAAGAGAAAACAUGACGAAAGCGAGUUUGAGGAAGGAGAUGUUGUAGGGUUCUUUGUCAGCGCCACGGGAGAAACUGUCAUCGAUCUUUUGACAAGUGAAAACGCAGGUGACGCGAGAUUGGCUGGUGUCAUCAGUCGAUCUGCUUAUUUGGUAGGAAACACGGAACGGAACGACAGUGAAAGAAAUGGUAGGGAUAUUGCGAUUCUUUAUUUAAUGAUUUAGUUAUGCUAGAACUGGGAUAGCAAACCUCACUCUUCAGAUAGACGUGGAGGAGGAGUCAUUAGAAAUUAAAGUGUAACAUGCAAAAUGCUCUGUCAAGAUUUUAACCCUGGGUAGCGUUGAUUAUUUACUGGCCAAUUCUACCAACUGGAGGGACAAUAUCCACGACGGGAUUAGCCUAGUCGUUAGAGCGCUUUACUGCAAAGCGGGAGGUCUCAGGAUCGAUUCCCGGGGCCGGAUCAAUACUCAUGGUCUUACAAAAACUUAGAAAUUAAGACACUGCCUUUGCCCUGUAAACGGCUUGACAUUCACGUGGCUCGGAUGAACACGUAAAAUGGCAGUCCCGUCUCCAGUAUGAGACGGAAACUAUAGUGUCCUCAAUUAGUACUUUUGUGCUAAAUACAUUGACACUCAAAUAAAGUGCGUAUUUUUAUAUCCAUCUGAGGUAUCUUGUUUUGCCUCUUAGAUGCUGAUCUUGUGUGUAUUAUUGGAGAGAUCGAGGUCAAAGUAGUUGGCAAAGUCAGAACUGGCGAAUGUAUUUACACCUGUCCCAGUGACAAAUUCCCAGGCACGGCAACAACUCAGCGACAUCGCGGUAACUACCUCAUUUAUGGUCUAUUGUUUUGUCUUACUAUUGUUGUCAAUGUCACAGAUGCGCAACUCUGAGAAAAGUCGAGUAAGAUUGAAGAUGAUUAAAUUGGUGGGAUCGUCACGGUUCUCGUACAGUAUCAAAAGAGGGCACACUUCCUUGUUGCACCCCGUUACUGUUAGUACUCACUUCGACUUAUCUACCACAACCCACCAGAGAAUUCCAAUUAGGGAGCCAAAGCAACGACAACGGCGACGGCAACGAAAACGACGAUAAAUGGGUUUUCAAACUACGGAAUACCUAGCCUGCGAGCGAGCUCUCCUGGACGCUCUGGCGGCGGGGCGGGAAAAGGAAGGAGAACUUGCUACUACGUCUCUUGGAAUUUUGAAUUCCACCUCCAGUUCCCCAGUGGCUCUCCCUCGACUGAACUGUCAGAUUUCCACCAAUAAGCGCUAAGCGGAAACGAGCGCGAAUGUAAACAAACAUUGAAAAAUACGUACCAAGGGUAAUGACGUCAUUACUAAUGUCAUCUUCGCCAAUCAGCAUUUCGCAUCGAUUUUUUCGAUGCAGAUAUUCAAAUUACAGAGACGUAGAUGCAAGCUCUCCUUCCCUUUCCAGCCCCGCCGCCAGAGCGCCUUGAAGAGCUUGCUCGCAGGAUACCGAAUACCAGGCUAUGUUAUCUGGAUUUUAAAUUCAAUAAACAACAAAAAUUUGCAACGCCUUGCAACACAAACAGUUCCAAAGUAAGGAUUACACAACUCUCCGACAGCUCUGAACAAAGGGAGUCAGUAGCCUGUGUAGCAGGCACUUGGAAGUAGUGGGCGCCAGAGAGAACGAGCGCGCGAGAGGGAGACACGCGAGGGGACGCCUAAUUUGUUCCAUAACCAAACUUUCAACGUCCAAGCACUCGAACUCAAAUGUUGGGCACUCGACAGGAAUUGUGACAAAUGGGUAGCAAAUGUUUUCUAGUUUUUGAAAUACUUUUUGUAGGAACCAAAAAAAUGCUACAUACCUGAAAACGUUAACUUAGUAGAGGCGACUACUUACUCGGCGCCUUCGCAGAAAGCCCCUUUUCUAAACUUUUCAACAGAAUUUCUCUCUCCAAUGACAACCGAAGCUAUUACCUAUUCGCUUGUUGUAUUUAGACAUUCUUUGCCUUUGAUUUCGCAAGGUUUCAUUGAAUAUAACUGAAGACUAAAUCCGCUAGGCCUCAAAUAAGAGUAGUAAAUGAGAUUGCUUGACUUGGGUGGAUCUGCCAGCUAAGCCUUGUGAACGAUUUUGGGAGCAAAAUUCUUAGAAUACUGAGAAUAACUAACGAAAAGGGAUUGCUUAUUUAUGUGUUCGUGUUGCUAGUAAACCACCGACAGACUCUGCUUGGUUACUCACUGGGUGAGUCGUCCAGCACUGGAGUAUCCAAGGUCGACUGUCUGGUAUCCCUGGUACUGAGUGUCAGUGCUAAGGACAGGUUGAGAGAGUUGGAUCAUCUAAAGCUGUGUAUCAACCAAGUGAGGGAAAGUAUGGAGAUGCAUAUUGAUAAUGUCGGUCACAGGAUCGCAAGUAUGCAGCGAGGCUGGAGAGGUAUGUAACGGCGAAAACGCCGGUCAGUACUGUAACUUAGGGACUUAAAAAGUGAAUUUGCGUUCUUUUAGUCUUUACAGCGAUUAUUCCUACCCACUUACUUUGUCAAAUGUAGGCGAACCCUCCUGAAGCUGAACUUCAAGUUAUCAUAUUCAAGCUCAGAAAGAGAAAUAAAAUUUCGUCGUUGAUUGUUUACGUCCACCUUAAAACGCGAAAUUAGGCAUUUUCACGUCGAAGUUGUGCAAACUAAAAACAGGAAAGAAAUGUACAAAAAAAGCGUGAUGCACGUGCAAAGUUGUUGUUUUGCUUAUUAAACCUUUAGCUUUUUUUUGACGUUCUCGUUGCCGUCCGCGUCGCUGGAUCUUAAAGUCCCUAUUAACCACAAUGACGACAACAACGACAAUGCCAAAAAACAAUUGGUUUUAUGAGUCGAGCAAAACAACAGCUCUGCACCUGUAUCACCCUUUUCCUAGUAAUACAUUUCUUUGACGUCUCGUGCACGACUACGGCGACGAGCUGCAGCAAUUAUUUUAUAUACUCCUUGUAUAUACCUGGCGUAAAGCUAUUCAUCUUUUUAGACUCAAUAAUAUUUUGUUAUCUAAAACGAACAGCUUGGAUUACUGGCAAUUUUACCUUAUUGGAAUGAAGUAGAUACUGAAAUCCACGUAAUAAGAAAAUCAUCUAGAAAUCAUGCAGAAGCGUCUUUUAGUAGCUUAGGCUACUAAUAAUCAGUCCGUUUUUCAAAUAGUGCUGAAUGCUUUUUCUCUGUUUUUCUUUUUGCAGUUUAACAACCUCUUUGUUCUUUUGAUGAGUUUGAUACUGAUAUAUUGCUCGUAUUUUUUAUUUUUUUCAGGUUUAUGGAAGAAAUUGUUGGGUAUUUUCCUCUUUCUUGUAGCAGUGUCGCUUGUUUGUGGAUUGAUGCUACCACCAAAUUCUCCCUACGUUAAAAAGAAGUGCAGAGAAGGAAGCAUCGGAAGCAACCAUUACUUUACUUUCAAGUAUUAUCCUGAUGAUGGCUCAGAAGUAAGACGUCAUUGGCUAACUUAGAAACAAAAAGGGAACUGGAACCGAAAUGCGUCCCGCAAUUGUUUCUGGGAUAGUUACUGGGGACGCGCCGGUCAGCUAUUGGCCAAUUUUUUUCAUGCCUGUCCCUAUUAACAGUCCCAGAAGUCCUUGCAACAGUCAUCUCAGCCUUGUUUCCAUGACGUUUCUAAAGAGGCGAAUUCUGUGUAGAAAAAUGGCCAGUCGUAUCCAGUACCCAGAUCCAACUCGGUCUCUUUUUCCUUGCCGUUAAUUAAAGUCACAGAUUUCAUAGCUAUUUUCUUGGUUAGGAGUUAGUUGUGUUUGCUACCGGAAUAUGAACUGGCUACUUUUUUUUUUCUCGUCGCCUUUUUCUAGAAAUUCUCUGAAAAUCUUCAGGUCAUUCGACAUUUCCUCUUUGUUAUUAAAGAAUGCAUCACCCCUUAGUCGGUUACCACAAAGAAUCUUCCCUCCGCCGCAAUUAUUCCGAACCACAAACGAAUAAAGUUCAAAUACAGAGAUUAAAAGGAGGAAAUCGUGAAGUCCAACGCUGCUCGAUAUGAUCACUCGCGUUACAUAACCUAAAAUACGCAGCUCGGUUCCCGGAUGUAGUGGCUACAUCGAUUCUACGAGUCGGUGUUUUAGUUCUCAUGAAAACAAUCCCGUCCAUUAUGGGCUCCUGGCAUGGAAUAAUAGUAUUGUCAUCUUUCAUCUCUUUUGUUUUGAGUGAAAUAUUUUCUUGUUUUCUAUUUUUAAAGGAAGGGAUACCAGUGAGGGGGUUGGAGUUCAGGUGGAAAGUACUUAAAAAGAAGUUAAAUUUGGACUUCGACGAAAUACGGCCUAAUCAAACCAAAUAUGAUUCUAAAGGUAAUUACUUUCAGAAAAAAAAUAAGAAUAUAAUUCCACACAGUACGACAUGAAUCCCGAGAGUUCUUGCGUAAUCGCUGUCCGCAUAGCCAAGGGUAUAUAUUCAGCAGAUGCAUUAGCAUGUUCUGGGCAUUAUUAAGAUGGUGGAGUACGGCGCAAAGUCAGAGAGCGGAGAAAAAAUAAGGAGGAAGAGAGGGAGAAGGAGAGAGGAGGAAACUCCCUACCCACACACCCUCGCAGUUUUCCUUCCCACAUCUCUUUGCGCGGUUCACAAAAUCUGAACCCCUGGAACAGCUUGGGUAGGAAUCAAUCCUGGAAUUUCUGAAAACUGAUAACAGUAAAAAAGACUUUGCUCAGUGGAAAACGUUUCAGCAGUCACAAGAGCGUACAAAUGUUUCAGCCCUUUUCUCCGAAUUUUAAUCCAUUGGUAUAAUAUUCAAAGCUGUCUAAUUUCCCACUUCUUUAAUCCUGUUAAUGUACUUUUCAACUAGUUUAAGUUUUUUUCUUUUAAGGUAAAUGACAACUAAUAGCAGAGCAUAUAGUUCUUCUGUCGUUAAGUAAACUGAAACACAAAUCUUGUCUUUGUCAAGACUUAAAAGCCUGCGACUGACUUACGAGGUUUGCGUUAAAAUGACAUGGCGGAUUUUCGUUUUUCGUACUUUUCGUUUCGCGUUGCCUGCCGAAAUUUAUUUACAGAUAAAAACUGAAAUAGAGCUGGAUUGCUGAAAAUAAAACUGUAAAAUAAAAUAACAAUUCAAGUGCUGUUAUUAUUUUGUUGUUUCAGGUUUUAAAUACUAUAUGAACCAGAAACGCUGUGAAACUGGAGGAAUACGAUCUAUCGCGUCGUGGUUAGAUCCCACGCCAACAGUACCGCAUGUUAACGUACUUGCGGUAGACAAAAACUGCACAAAGGUUUUUUACCACAACAAAAAGAGAGGGAGCUGGUCCAAAUAUAAGAAAAAUACGGUGGGCGAGCUUAAAUGCUACCCGCCGCAUUGAAACUUCAGCCGUUUCCUCAGAAUGGUUUCACCAGCUCAAACGUCUCUGAACUUUAUUCUUUUUCAUUUGGUCUGUGUAUUUCGUUUACAUACCCCUAGUGAAAUGAAAACAAGUACUAGGUGCCUUAACUUUGUUUUUGCAAUGUUCUCUCCCUUGACGGCGGUCAAAAAGUGCGAAGGCUAUCUUUUCUCAUUAAGUGAAAUCAGUAAAAACAGGAGCCUAUGAUAGGUUCCUGGUAAAAAUAUUGUUGUUGAAGAAAUGGCUAGCCUUGAUUAUUCUGCGCGGCACUAAAUUUAUGUUGAAGGUUGAUUUUGAAGAUGGGUAAUUUUUAGCCAAUUGUUUUUUCAAUUGGCUCCGUGUCGACCACGCGGUAAAUUUUGGGCAAGGAAAUAUGACCUGUUAUUUGGCGGACUAGAGAAAAAUAGAGAAAAUCAUUUGUAUUUGACGAAACUGGACCAUCCAGCUGAAGGCAUCUAGGUUUGCAAACCUGGGAAUAAGUAUUUGUAUAUACGAUGUCACUCGUGUAAAAAAGUUUGUAUAAAAGGGGGUUAGCAAGUUCCUGAUUUUGAAAAUCAGCCACUAUGUAAUAAACUAGUAGUAAUCUCAGAUUAGGAAGUGCUUUCGAACCUUUUUCGGUUUACUGUCAAAUGUGACAUUAUUUCCUAAUAAAAUAAUGUGAUACGGACAGUGUGAGGUUUUGAUGAACCACAAUGGGUUACGCACAAUUGCAUAGAAGAACGAUUACUCGAUUCUUUUAGUUUUAGACAAUAAAAGGUCGGCUUACUGCUGUAAAUAUGACAACAGCGACAGCUCAAACAUUUGUACGGCGACGAAAUGCAGUGAACUGCAGACAGAGACAAGUUUCGUCCGGGGAACUCGACGCCGAAGAUGUCGUUUCUACGCGUCUUAGCCUGAGUGAUGCAAAACGUUCUGAGACUUUGACAAAAAGUUGCCACGAAUCCUUUAAAAAACAUUGUACACGACAACUUACCAGCCGUAACCGAAAUCAAAAGAGAAGCAGCCUAGAUCGUCGUUGAUUUUGCCUUUGGCAAUGAAUUCAAGCGUGCGCAGUACGUCAUAGCUUGGCGAUGACACAUGUAUGACAUUACAAAUUCAAUAUUGCGACGAAAACGGCACAAAUAUGUGACCAACCAAAGGAAUGUGAAGAAUCUGGCAGAAAAUGGCUCUACAUGUUCGGUAGCCGCGCUACGAAAUUGGUAACCGCGCCUUGAAGAAUAGGUAGGCUAAGCGUUCUUCGAACGCAAAAAGGUCACGUUUGUACCAUUGAGUGAAACCAUGCAAAACUCAUGAAAAGUAACCAGGUUAUAUAAAAAGCGACACAAAUUGACUAUAAUGAAAAGGUUUGCUUGGUCUGUUAUACUUCUGUUCAUUAUCCUACGGAAUAUGUUCCUUGUUCUACCAACCUAACUCAGCGCUCACUCAGCAGGGUUCUAUCUAGGAUUUAUCAUUUGGGAGAGAAGUCCCGAGUGGCCGAAGGCCAGGAGCUUCCUAGGGGGUCCGGAAAUUUUUUUAGAUGAAUAUGCGCUGAGAUGCAAUCUGGUGCAUUUUGAGACACAAUUUUGAGAAAUGUUACAGUGUGUGCACUGACCUCGUCGCGUCUGGAUGAUUUUUCCGAUAUAGUUAACUUAUAUACUGUAAGGAUAGCAAUAUUUUUUGGGGGAAGCUGGGCAUUUUUUUGAGGGGAAAGCUUUUACCGCUCAAAUACCCUAGAAAGAACCCUGCUCAGUUCCCCUGACUGUCCUGAGGUCGGAAGCGGGUGAGGAGGGUGACCUUGUGAACAACGUCGUGGGGGUGGGGGGGGGGGGAAUCUGGAAAAUGGUUUCUCUGACGACGAACCCUGUUUUGGUCGAAAACUAGUGGGAAACAUUCCCCAAGGUUCCUUAAUAGGUCUUCCACUGUCAUUUGUAAAUAUCCGUGGAGACAUGUUUUUAUUUUUGCUUACAAUGUCGUAAAUGCAACGUGCGCUGUUAUUACUGGUCAAGUCAAAUUUUGUUGGCCAAAGGUGCCAACGAUACGUACACUUAGUAGACUUUCAAAAAGUUGAGUAAAUUUACAGCAUACUCAGGAAACAACAGUAGCUAGCCUUGAAACUGAACCCGACUUCACUUUGUGGCCUCGCUGUGAACUACGUGACCAGAUCCUGUCACUGGCUAACUUUGAGGGUCAAUAAAGAUAAGUUUCGAAGAUAUGUUUUUCGCAGUUUUCUUUGGAAUUAAUUUUACCUAUUUUUAUUAUUAUACCGGCUUUGUAGAUUUACAAAAUGAAUUUUGGUAUUUUCACGAAUUUAAAAUUUCAUGGAGGGUUCAUUUUUUCAUUUUAGAAAACUAAUGCGGUGAGUUCCAUUAACAAUCCAAAGGAAACCUCUAGAUCAUAGAGUCGGUGCAUGUGUGGAAUAGACAAUUAACCAAUACACAGAUUUUGUUGUUUUUAUCACAGACAUAAGCAAAUUCUUGGGCGACAUUUACUAAGGCAUAGAACAUCGAUUGAAGUUAUUUUAUGGCGUCUCCAAAUAAUGAAGUGAUGGUGUUAUAGGCUAAACAAGAGUUUAGUUCUGGUAAAACACGUCUACGAUGGACAGUGGAAAAGAGCUAUGACAAUUAAAUGAUAUAUUCACGCUGUUGUGUUAUUUGAAAUAUAAAAGAAUAAGUAAGCUUUAAGUAUCGCAGUGUGUUUUCGAGUAUAUAGUAUUGUUAAAUCAUUAUUGUCUUCCAUAAUGUGUUUUUUUAGAUACCACUUAAAUUUAUUAUCGUUAUUUUCGUCAAAAAGGAUUAAGAAAAAAUAAUAAAAAAAGCUACGCCCACGUGCACGCCACCUCAAAGGAAGCAAACGUGCUUUAAAAAUUCAUCUAAUGGACGCACUUUUAACAAUGUUCAUCGCUACAGGUAGGCAGUAUUUUAGUUCUGAAAAAUUUAUAAAUCUGUCAUUUAGGCUCACGGUAGAACUGACGGAAUAAUCGCGUGAUUGUCUAUCCACCUACAUGUUUUGGCGGAAAAGGAUGUAGAAGUACGAACUAGUUAUCACGGUUAACAGGAAGAGGACAUCGCGGUCAUUUCUGCCAAAAAGGUUUUCAUAAGAAUCAAACAUCACGAAUGAAAAGGUACUAAACAGGGGCACCCAACGAGAAUAUACUUCAAAACCACUUAAACAUAGCAUUGUUGAACGUAAUUUAGUAUUUAAACGGUAGAUAUAGCCAUAUUUUAUCCCCUAAAAAUUUUUUAUCUUUUCGGAUUUCCUAGCUGAAAGUCUAGUGAUCCGAAAAUUAUAGGGAUCAAAACUUACCUUUUCGAAAAUUUCAGCCAGAAAAAAGGCUCCCGAAAAUUCUAGGUGACCUUUUUAGGGUAAAAGUCCGUUAAAAAUGGGCAAUUAUACCAUUUUUGGGGGGUUCGAAAAUCCUAGGAGAGGCGGGCAAGCAAGAAAUUUAACAACAAAUGUUCCGAAAAUUCUAGAUCUCAAAUCGUCUUCCGAACAGAUAUUUUCCAAAAAUUGUCUUUGGGUGCCCCUGACUAAAUACAGCGUUUAUUUUGUCAUCUCUUGUACCAUCAUCAUACUGACGGAUUCAAGUUCCCUAAUUUAAAAGAUACUCUUUCCUAUUGUUAAAACGAGUGCUGCUAAAGUUUAUGAAAUCCUGUGCAGUAUGUUCUUAAUUCUUGAACACUGUUCUCUUUAAGUUUCAAUUUUAUAUGUUGCCGGCAAAAGGAUUAAGUCAUGAUUUAAAGACAUUCUUUCGCACUUUAUGUUCGGUUUUUAGAUGCGAUUUAUCGGAAAAACGGUUACAACGGCAAAGAACUUAUUAUAAAAAGUUAAGUUAAACAGAAUAGCUUUUAGCCCAGGAUAAUGAACAUUCUCCAACGUUUUAAAAUACAGUUUGACAACAUUCUUAGAUAGAUUAUCUUAAUAUUAUCUCAAUAUAUUUAUGAAGUGAAGUAUGGAAGAAGGAAGACUGUAGUCCUUUUUUCAACUCACCGAACCGUGACCUGAGUCACUUGUUUUGAAAUUUCAAAACCAUAUAAUAUUUCUACAUCUCUGCCGCAUAAGUUUAUUUAAAGUCUCCCUCAAGUCCUUUGUCUGACUGAGACCUUGGAGUGAAAAUCCUUUUUUUAGGCUUAACAAUCCAACAGUGACACCGGCUUUCUUUUGUUGUGUAAGCGUACGCUUUAAUGUAACGCUUUAAUGCAACAUGAUGUCGUUUUGGACUUUUCUGUUUGCACUUUAUUUACGUCAUGAUCGUUGGUUCAAGGUAAGUACGAUGUAACUUCGUUGUAACUCUUACACAGCUUGUGUUAUGCCCGGACCGCAAGUGUUGUAUUUUCUCACGCAAACAUUACCAGCGAUGGAUGGAUUUAACUGCAAUCAUUCCCUUUAUCUGUACGAAGAGGAACGUUUCCCCUUUUGUCGGUACAGUGCUGUUGAUUGCCGGAAACAAUUUAGCUUGAGGCUAGACCCUCAAUUUUCAAUUUAUUUCAAAGAAACGCAUAUAAAAAGAACGCUUUGACGGCAAACCGGUUAAAACUGUGGCUUAAAAAUGAUUCAUUGACCGCUUGAGGGGCUCAAUUUUCGUUUAAAAACACGGCACAAACAUCAAUUUUUUUCAAAAUAAUUUCUGAUCAAAAUAAUGGUGGAUUGUAGAUUAAAAAACACAACGGUAAGUCCACAAAGAAUUUAUUACGUUGAAGGGAAUUUGCACAAGUUAUAUAUUCAGUGCCGGAGCCAGACCAAACGGCCAACCGAGGCAGGCGGGAGUUGCUAGGGGGGUUCGGGGGCAUGCCCCCCCCCCCCCCCCGAAAUUUUGAACUUUAGUCUCUCGGAAAUGCGAUUUGCAGCGUUUUCUGGGCCUUUCGGUAACUUUUUUUCGAGUUAAUUUAAGUGGAAUUUAAAAAGCAAGAAUCAGAAACAAGCUACAUAAUCUGGGUGACCGUUAACCUCGCCAAUGGUUUUGAUCAGUAUUUGUUCAAAAAAAAUUUGGGUUAACGUACGUAGCCCCUUGAGAUCGAUGAUAUGGUAAUUUUUUCAUAGUAUAUUGACUGAAUUGCUGAAUUCUUUGUAAUAUCAUGAUGCGUUAAAAAUAUCCGAUGAUCGCUUAUGUAAAAUAAAAAUGAUCGGCGAAAUUCGUCAAAAUUUUACCGAGGCGAGUGCCUCGGUUGGCCUCAUACUAGCUACGGCGCUGAUAUUAAGUGAAAAAUGAACAGUUAUGUAGUGAUGUCGGUGUGUAAAUCUGUCAUAAAACCCUUACGAUGUUAUUUGUUUCGUUCUUACAAACAAAGAAGUUUCAGUCUGUUUCAAUUUUAGAGACAAAAUAAUGCUUUGAAAUUAACGUCACACAUUUAUUUUCUAGGAUAGUGAUCUUUGGGCAGCUACGAUUGGACUAAAUAUAAUGGAGACGAAAGGAAUUUAUCCUAAACAUACUAGUCUGGAAAGAUUAUCCAUCGAAAGUAAAGUUUAUUUGGGAUUACCGAGUCUGUAACUGCAAGUUUAUCUGGACAAUUAAAAGUGAGUGUAAAUUAAACAGGGUUGAUUAGUAAUAUAAAUGUUUAAUUAUUUUUUACCGAAAAAAAAAAAUCUUUGACUCAAUGGGCUUGGUACUUAUUAGUAAUGCAAACUCUGCCGCUUGUUAAAUGUGUCAUCUUGCCAAUUAAGAUAAACGUGUUCGUGUGGAAAAGAAAUAAUAUUCUACUAAACAAAUUUCCUCACGUUUAGAAAUUCUAAUCAAAGUCUAGAUCUAUUUGUCAAGUGAAGAGGAAAUAAAUUUUUUUGGCUGAGUUUUAACGUCUAUUUUUUCUGAUUUCUUGAUAAAUGAAACAUGUAAAAACAAACCAAAAUAAAUUUUUUUCAAUUACCGAUUAUCGCCUAAUUUCUCUCUCAUACAUAAUUGUUGCUUAUCUUAUGAUAGCCUGCGAGCAAGCUGUAGUCUCCUAUCUGGGCAAGCGAAGUGAACCUCGCGAGAACGCGCGAGCGAGGGGCCUAGGCGUUCUCGAGAGACUCGCUUCACUCGCCCAAAUAGGAGAGCUUGCUCGCAGGCUAGUCUUAUGACAUUGGCAUUGACAAAGAUUUCAAGCAUUUUUUUUUCUGUUUUUAAAAAGACGAGUAUUUGUCCAACCUUAUCUCAGUUUUGAAUAGAGGGGGGCCCUGGGCAUAGCCUACCGUUUCUGUUUUAAAAUACAAAUUUUUGUGAUAAAGGACUCAAAAUGUUACUUGAAUAAACGAUUAUCGUCUGAUAACAUUUUCUACUGUAGCUCUUUCUUAUCUAACGUUGCUUUGCCUCAAUUAAGAUGAGUGCCACUCAUCUUAAUAUUAGAAACUUUUUAUAAAGUAUCUAUUCUUCAUCUUCUUCUUCUCAUUAUUACUACCAUACUUGAUAAAUAAUAGUAAUAUUACUACUAAUAAUGAUAAUAAUAAUAUUAACAAGUGACUUGAAGUGGCUAGGCUGAGAAACUACUCUCCGUUAAGUUAGUUUUCAUUUUUUUUUUUUUUGCAGUCACCUCAAGUCUCCACUGUCCCUGAAAUUUUCCUAAUACGGCGAGAAAUGACUGAGAAGUAUAACUCAAAAUUUUCUGGAAUCAAAGAUUAUAAGACGGAAUCCAUUAGGAAAUAGAGUAAUUUUAAUUUUCAGUGGAUGGAAACCUCGUACCAGAGUAUUUUAAGCCAUAACGCAUUCUUUUUCACACUUUCCAAGGGCUAUGGAUGCAAUUAGUUAUCUGUAAUAACACCAACGACAAUUUCCUACAGGAGCCCGAGAAAAUACAUUUCAAAUUUCACAGGAAUUGAGAAAACACAGUCAGGUAAAAUCGUCAUGCGUAAGAUUUCAUUUUGUGAAGUUUGAGGCUUUUGAAGUUUGUUUACUCUGGCUCCAAGAAGAUCCUUUUCUUCGGAGUUAUUUCCUACAACCUAUCACAUUUAUAGCCCUUGAAAAGUGUGAAAAAGAAUGCACUAUGCUUGAAAUUAUUCUGGUACAAGGUUUUUUUCCACUGAAAAUUAAAAUUACUCAAUUUCCUGCUAGAUUUCAUCAUAAUCUGUCAUCUUUUUCAAACAUGGCGUUACCUAUUUCCAAACUUGCACGACUCCAUUGUGAAUUGACAGGGUCCGCAAAUCUACUAUUUUUCCUCUCCUGUUUUUUCUACUUUAUUUUUCCAGUAACGAACAUAAAAACAAAGCAACCCCAAAUUUGUCUUCAAUUUGUAAUAAUUACUCACUACUAACACUGUCAAAUAUACUGACGCUACAUGCUUAUUCAGUACCGAAUAUUAAGAAAGAGGAAUUUUAUUUUUGCAUUGAUUAAAAAAAAGUUGAAUGUUGCACAAAUGAAUUAGUUAUUUUUUUAUUCCGUUCUUUAAAUGACAUGCUUCAACCUUUAGUAUCCAUUUUGGUUCCUUACUUUCAUCAGUUUUAAACUGCCGCUUUAUUUUUCAGAAUAGCCUUGAUAAAAAUAAGGAUUAGAUCCGGUAGCGCUUAAGAAUUGCUAACAUUUCUGCUCAAAAGAAAAAUGUCUUGAGUGAAAAGCAAGCUUGGUUAUCUGCAUUCUGGAAUAAUCUUAUGACGUCAUUAAUGCUUCUCUAUAAUUUUCUUCCUGACUGAGGACAAAAUCACUGUAAGGACUUUGUAUAUUAGCGCGAUAAAGCACGGCAGGCUGUUUUAGAAAAGCCCUGGAUGUCAAACCGACCACUUUUUAAAAAUGUGAUAAAAUCUUGGACAUCGUUAAUUGAAUGAGUAGUACUGUACAAAAUGGACUUCAUACUUGAUGUCCUGGAAAAUGGUCCUUAAAAUAAAAUUAAAACAACAACAACAAUAAUAACAACACAAAACAAAGAGUGAUUUGAACAUCGAACCGCCGAAAAUUAAUCAAGCCAUACAGAAAUAGAGGUUAAAAGCAUUAUUUGGCUUGUAAAUUAACGAACGCAAAAGCUUGACUACCCUAACAAGAUAACAAUUUCAGAGCAAAGUGGUUUUGCUUGCGGGACGGACGUGCUACUAAAUAACAAGCACCACUUUUGGGGGUUUUAUCAACAAAUCUCAUAAGGGAAAAGUAAUAUUUACUUAGCAUGAAAAAUAGUUUACGUGGCUUGAUAACGUAACUUUAUUGGCGGAACUAACGUUCAUUUUCGUUCGUAUCCUUUGGAAUGUCAUAUCAAAAUUGUUGCUAUAAACUUGUCAUCACACGGUAUGUAGUAAAUUAUUUAAGACUGCAAAACCUCGUUGAAAGGUUCCAACUUAAAGAAGAGGAAAUUUGGUUUUCGUGACUGGUACAUUAUACGAAUUAUUUCAUAUGCGUUCUCAACUUUUUGAUGCUAUUAUUCUUGGUACUAAUUGCAUUGUUUGUCGCUACAUUUUGCGACAAAUACGUGUUUCAAUAGACCAUUAUAGAGAGUGCUACCGCACAAGUAAUAUUUAAUUUAAUAGAUUUCAAGCGCGGUGCACCUGCAAAGAAGUAUUUAUAAGAAAAUGUUUAAUUUUCCUAACCAAUCUAUGGUCCAGACCGAGAAUUAAGUUUAAGUGUUAUUAUUAGCGUUGAUAAACUGAUGAGGUGGAUGUGUUGAGAUUUAGAAGACACCACUUCUUUACGGUAACUGUGUUUCUCAGACUGUGCAAUAUUUUCCUUAUUGCCUUUAUAUUUGUCUCUAUACAGGGCCGUACAACUCAAAUUUGAAUAGCGGAAAGGAAUACGGAUUUAUAUUUAAGGAUGAGGAAGGAGACCAUCUUUAUGAUGUUCGUAAUUGCAGCAUUCUUCGAUAAUCUACUAACAAGGUUAGUGUAAAACAAAUAUAACGCACGGAAACAUAUACGGUGGUUUAGAAAUUUCCUAUAACGAAUCCCUGGUACAUAGAUGUGAGUAGUAGUUCCCGAAGACUUUUUAUUGACACGUUUGCUAUUGUAUAAGCAGCAUAACAUGAUCAUUGCAAUGCACAGUGAUUUUCGUUGGUCUUGUAAGAAGAACAGCAGGCCUACUUUCCGACGGAAGAUGUCCAAGCGGUUUCAAAACAACGAGCCUUUCUUGAUUAAUGUUUGAAGAACUCGUUUAUGGCGAGUCAGCUUAGCAAUUAUCUCGAGAUUAUCGUUAAAAAAGAAACAGAGCAGGCAAGAAAAGAAUCGUCGCUGGCCUUGUCUCGAAAAAGAUUCUCAUGUCAAGUUUCUUUUUUAAAGUUAAGGCUGUUACAGCAUCACUUGGUGUUGAGAGUCUAGCUUCGUCUACUCGUACCUUAGACGUGUAAAAUUAUGCUGCAAGACAGUCAGCGUAAAAUUACGGUAAAAAAUAAUUUUUCGAAGACAAGCCAGUUAGAAUUGAGCUUCGGAUUGAGCUCUGGAUCAAGUUUCGGUGGUUACGAAUUUAAAGCUAAAACUGAUCACGACUAAAGAAACUCUUUUAGGUAUCACGAAAUUGUCUUGAGGAGCGUCUGUUGAACAGUGUUAACGAGACAACUGACUACAGAACAUUUCAGAAUGGCUCAUUAACUACCAAUAAAAUAGCUAACCAAUGUGGCGGUACCUUAAGAAGAAAGGCGAAAAGUAAAGAUUGUUUUCAUUUUAUGUUUUAAGUGGUCAUAAAAAUCCAACUGCUGCCUAUUAAAAUAUUUCAAAUUGGUAGACUUUAUAACUAAAACACAUACCGCCGACAUAUAACAGUAAACCACAAGACGAAUCAAUCACUUACUACCGGAACAGCUGUUUUAAGACACAUACGGCAAAUUGAAGUUAUAAUACGCCGGAAACUAAAAGAAAUUUCUAGAGACACAGCACCAUGCAAAGACUACCACUCAAAUGAACGACAUCUCCCAGUUUGAUAUACAUAUUAAGUCAAGGCGGAAAAUAUAGUCUUUGUAAUAACUGUAUACAAAUUUUGGCACAAUAACACUUAAACAAAGUUUACUUGCAUACCAACUAACAAGUAAUCGCAAAGACAAAGCUAUUUCCAGUAAACUCACGGUUGCGUCAGACACUGAUCUGUUCUCAUUUUGCCCAUAACAUUGUUGAAAGUUUACAUUGUUUGAGAGACAUCAAGACUUCUUUCUUACCAGCUGUGGUAAUAUUAUUUAAACUUUACUGCUUCAGAUCAGAACCAAGAAUUACUCAUUAUUGCUGCUGAUUGCCAUGGUUCAAACCAAUGUCUCACAAAAUUGUGAGUUACCAACAAGUACCCACCAGAAAAAAAACUGAAGAAGAACCGAGCUUCCGAGCAAACAAGGAUAGUUUUGACAUUUUUUUUAAGGGAAGGACGGACGACACAGCUUAAAACAGUUAACCUUGCUUUUUUUUUCUUUCCCUCGUAUUUGUUCCUCGUUGGCAAUAUUUAGAAAAAGUAAUGUUUCAUUGUUCGAAAUACAGAGGAGCGGGGAAACGAGCAUGAGGAGGGGGUUAAUAAAAACUGGGAAUAAAAAACCUCAGUUAAACCCUAACCGCUGUCAUUAGUAACCCCAUUGCCCACUCUCUGAUUAAUGUUCCUAUUUUUCAUUUUCCAGUUCCCCGUUCCCCAUUCCCCAUUCCCUGUUUUGUUACAACCCUUGGCUGGUCCUAUAUCUCGCGACAAUAUGCCUUUAAAGUGUGUCUUGAAAUAAACUGACCUGCGUCUUAAACGCCGUAAAAUUAAUUAGCAUGAGAUUUUUCUCAGCACUCCGGGUAUAGCGAGCUCCUGCUAAAGAGCUGUUAAGCUCCAUUAUUUUUACUGUCCUUAAGAAAAAACAAUUUGCGAGCAAUAGAACGUUGUCUUUACACACAGCACUACCUCUGGGCUCACUGAAAGACGACGGCGCAGGGAUUUAAAUCGUACUAUCCCUACAAGCAGCUCAAGAAAAGGUGAGAUUCUAAUCGUUGAAAGAGUAAUAUAUUAACUGAUUAAAAAUCCAUCUCAGCGACGUUUCCAAAUUUUGUAAAAGGUUGCAUCUGAGCAUGCAUACUGAUUACAAUUCAACAAUAGAUGGGAUUCAGCGAUCUAAAUUGAGGUAAUUUUUCUGCAGAGUGUAAAUUGAGCUGUCACUGACAAAUGAACGCAACUCAUUGAUGAGGAUAUUGCUGUUUUAGGUCAAAUCUGUGUUGACGUCAUUACCUAGUGCCUUAACCCAUACACAAAUUUCUCCUGAAGAGUUAUGAAGAAGGUAUCAAACAAAUAUCACCAGGGAGCAUUAUUUUUCUUAGGCAUAAACCCUCAACUUUGUCAAUUUUCAUUUCAUGUCCAUCCUUCCCAUCCGUGGUAAAAGAUGACGACAGGAAAAGUUUCAGUGCCUGAAAUAUUUUCUAAAUUUAAUACAAAACUGGACCAAUGUUUUUAAAAUCAAUUGACGCGAAGACACUUUUUAGCUUUUUAAAAAGAUAACAAAUAAAGCAAGCAAAGUUCCUUUAAUAUAAAGUUCAAUCAAUUGUCUUUGCUGAUAAACAAUAAGAGUUAAACGUAUUCAUGGUUUCUGCAAGUAUUGAAAUAUAAUAAACUUAUCAUUUUAGCAUUGCCUGAUGACUCCUACGCCAAGGUUUCAAAAUUAAUUAACAAAAGACUGAACCAUUACGACAAAAACGUUCGUCCAAAUGAUACAGGUAAUGAAAUCAUUUUGUUCAUGCAAUCUCACAAUAAAAUUCUGAAGCAUUCUUAUCCAAAGGUCCUCGUUGCUUUGUCCAGCCUCUCUGGUAAUUGAGUUUUUUAGGUACAUCAUACAUGGUAAUUAUAACGUAUCGUAAUAGAGUUCUUUCUGUUUUCUUUAACUACUAACUGUUGUCGCUUUGCUUGCUUAUGGUAUCUUUGAUAAAUUGAGUUAUUUGGCUGACAUGAAUAACUAGGCUGAGUAACUAGCAAAGCGACAGCGACAAGUAAGGAAGACAGAUCGAAAGAACUAUAUCACGGUACAUUAUGAUUACCAUAUAUAUAAAGUACCUACUAUUUAUUACCGACCACUAAUCCAGGAGAAUGCGGACUCUGAGCAUGCAAUUACCACACAAGUCUAAAUUUUUGUAAAAUUAUCUAGAAGGGUGAAUUUUAGCCGGGAAGAACGCUUUUUUGGGCCCAUCAAUGAAGGAUUUCUAACAUGAAUACAAACCACACAGCUCAGUUUUGUUUGAAUGAUUCGUUACAUCACCUUCUUUUGAAAUUGAAAAACGUUUUCCCUUUGCUGCAAAAAAUUCAGCGUAUUAGUUUAAAAAUCAUGGAAACUAAGUAAGAUUACUAAGACCUUUAUAGUUACGCUUCCCACCGAGCGAUCGUUUUUUCUUCCAGGAAAACCUGUGGAAGUUCUUAUCGAAUUCAAGCUUAUGGCCUUUGGGAAAAUACGAGAAGAAGAAAUGGCAAGUAUCCUUGUCUAUUGAUGUAGACUGCGUUGCAGACGUUAAACAGGGAAAGGGGAAGGCUGGAAUAUGGACCCUCGGGAAGGCCCUCGGGAUGACCCUUUUCUCCCCUCGCGCUUCUUGCCCACCCGAAAUCUCCUUACCCUUUCUUUUUGAACGCCCGGCAGGCUAUUACAUGUAUACAUCUUCUGCAGCCUUUUCUCAAGUUAUCGAUGCGAGUACUUAGGGAGGAAUUCCGUAAUGACUAAUGUGAAUUAUGAAUUCAAUGAUUUUAGGACUACACGAUAGAUAUAUUCUUUAGACAAUGGUGGACGGACCCGAGACUCGCCCAUGGACAGGAAAAGGUGUUCAAUGCUGCACUCGAUCCUACCAAGCUUGGUGAUAAAGGGAUAUGGACUCCUGAUACCUACUUUAGAAACGUCAAAUCUUCUACUUAUCAUUCCGUUAGUCGAGAAAACAUGCGGCUUAGAAUAUUCAGCGAUGGGAGAAUUUAUUAUAGCGCAAGGUAAGGGAUUAAGCCAGUGCUAUAAUCUGAAAUGAAACAGUGAAAUAUUCCAGGUUACUAAUGGCUAAAGAUAUAAGUUUUUAUAAUUAAGAUGGUGUAUGACGUAGUUUAAAAGCGAACUGAUGGUAUUGAUGGUGUUUAUAGUGGUAGUGGUAGUGGUUGUCAUGGUUAUAGCCUGAGUAUCAGGCGUUUCUGGGGGAAAAGGGGAAAUAUGGAAGCGAAAAAGAGAGAGAGCAUCUCAAAUCUCCUCUCCCCUAGCCCCCUAGGAAGGCCUGAUACUCAGGCUAUCAUGGUUAAGGGGGUGGCGGGCAGUGUUUGGUCACCUCAAAAAUUGUGUGUUUUUUUUAGGUACACUAAACUUCUAAAAAGUAAUUACUAUCAGCACUGUUAUGCAAAAUAUGAAGUUUUUAAAGUUAGUUCAAAUGAGCGGAAAGAAGUUGUGAUCUCAAAUGUCGUAAACAAAGUUUCCUUCAAAUAAAUUAUUAGUCAGAGACAAUCUCCCCUGUAACUACAAAUGUUUGUUACGUUGUUCUCUUUAUCCUAUUCGAACCAUUUAUUGAUUUCGUUUGUUUUUAUCUGUUUCAGAAUCACUCUAACAGCUCAGUGUGAUAUGGACCUGAGGAUGUUCCCUUUAGACACUCAACAAUGUUACCUCAUAAUAGAAAGUUGUACGUAGCCAGAUGUUAAAUUUGCACUUUAUUUUUUCAGUCUUCCCUUUUUAAAAAAGCUGCCUGAUGUUCUCAGUCAAUGAAGCCCUGAGCGUGUAAAGUUAACUGAAAUAAUACCACUGAAGGAAAAGGCUGAGGAACAAGAUUCUAUGAAAAAACCGAAAACAAAACAAAAAACAGUAUAAGUCGUCAGCUUGUCCACCGACGCCGAGCUUGUGAAAACGAGCAACACUUCACCUAUGAUUGGUCAAAAAAGCACGGAAACUUAUAUCAGAAAUACUUGUGAAGGCAAAACCACAAUGACAAACCAGUGAAGGCCAGGUAGACCUGGAUCAGUAAAAUCAUCAGGAAAAUUUUGAAAUUAAAACAGUAAACUUUUCCUUACGGCAGGAAGAGUGAUAGAAAAAAUACAUAAAGAGAACACAAAAAAAAUAAAAAUAAAGUGGUGAAUCAUAUAAUUCACCAAUUUAUUUUUGUUUUCUUUCUUUAUUUUUUUAUCACUCUUUCUGCCGUAAGGAUCAGUUAACUGUUUUAAAUUUAAAAUUUGGUACACGGAAAUUUAGCCAAUCACACAGCAUAGCGCUACCUUGACCUAAGGUCCUCCUCUUUAACUAGAAACUAAAAUACCUGACUUCAAAUCACUUUCACACGAUACUUUAAUAUCUCUUCUUAUGAAUUCUUCUGAUUAUUUAAUCAACUGCCAAUUAGUUUCAUUUAUCUCGCAAUGCUUUGAAUUAAGAACCAAAUUAAUAUCAAUGAAUGAAUGAAUGAAUGAGAACUGUAGCGUUUUGUAAUGUUUUGCACGUACUAAUUAGUUGAAUUAGUACUUAAAUUUAGACUAAUAGCUUUUGCAAUACUGUAAUUUCUUUAUGGUCAUGCAAAUAGAGCAUUUAGUGUUGUGUUGUUGUGUUGACAGGAAGUGCUCCCUAAAUUUGUUUGCAUUGCAGAUGCCUAUACAGUAGAUGAUGUCGUGUAUAAUUGGAAAACGAAAGGUCCUAAUGCAAUUGAAGUUUUUGCCACUGAAUUGGCUCAAUAUGACCUGUUGGGUGUUGUUACAUCAAAAAAGGCGUCAACCAAUAGCAAAGGUAAAGAUUAUUCAAUGUAGUUGUGUAAAGGUCGACUUAAAUGUUUCGGGUAGUGCCUAGGAUUUUUUAAUCCAUUGCACGUAUAAGCACGAGCAAGUACGGGUACACGCGCGAAUUGUUUUACGUGUAAUGUGGACCCAGACCCCCUAACAAGGAGCACACACUUGAGGUCGAGGUUUCACACAAUACAUCAAUUCUAUGUUAUUGCCAGUGCCUCAUGCACAAAACUAUACAUACACAACUUUUCCCAAUUAAAUGAGCCAAUCAUGCAAAAGAAUUGACUUUGAAACUAACCGUGAAUGCUUUAAGCCUUCUUGAUAACCAUCGAAGGAUGAUCCACGUAUAGAGGUAUAAGGAGCUUUCAAAAUAAGAUUAACUUCAAAACAAAUUGCUUCAAAAUAAAUUGCGCACAAGAACACUCCUUUAAAAAAAUGCUUGGAUUCGGCUCCCUUUCACGAUACUCAUUAUCUAUUUGACGCAUUUUUAUUUUCAGGUUCUUUUGACAGUUUAAAAGCAACCUUCACCCUCAAGCGACGAACGACAUACUUCAUUUUCCAGCUCUACAUUCCUUCAGCGUUUGUUGUCUUCCUCUCAUGGCUCAGCUUUUGGAUAGACCGUCAUGCAGUUCCGGCUCGAAUUUCCCUGGUGAUCACGUGCAUUCUGAGUACUAUGUUUCUAUUUGAGUCAACUAACUCCAGUCUACCUCGAAUUUCCUAUCUUAAGGCGGUGGACCACUACUUGAUUACGUCGUUUGUGUUCAUCGUAUCUUGUAUGGUUGAAUACGUCUGUGUUUUGAACUUUCCGGAUAAAUCGUCUGCCAUACCUAGGAGUCAAAGCUUUGCGCCGGUAAGUUUAGAUCGCAACCAUUAAAUAGUUUGUUACAGUGCUCGACUACUUAGGAACUGAUCUAAGGUCUGAAAAGGUGGCUGUAUUCUUGGACGACGGAAAUGUAAACCCCUUUUCAAAGUGGGUUGAGGCAGGUUGAACGAGAAGCGAUAACCACACUGAUAACAGCUCUAGUUAUGAGGAGUUAUUCCGAUUCAUCUCUGCCAUUUUUGAAGUCGAACAUCAAUGGAAAAGGUUCGAGUCUCGAGGCAACCGAUCCUUUUUGGUGCAGAAGUACUAGAGCUUACGUUUAUUUGAGUGUCUUAAGACCUUUAAAAGUUCUAAAAAAAAUUCCAAAACAUUUUUUGGUGAAUUUCUGGGGGACAGAAAAAAAGAAACUUACUGAAACCGCCGUUUCACGUUGUCCUUAAAAUCUUGAAUUUAAUUAUUUGGUAGCGCGAAAAGCACUCAUGAUCCAGUGGCGGAUCCAGACCUNGGAGGGGAAGCGCCCUUCGGGCCCCUCCUCUGGAUCCGCCACUGUGAUCUCUUCCUCAGCUAUUCCUGAACAGGGCAAAUGACUUCUAGAGAGCGUUUUCACUCACGUGUCCAGCAUCUAUGCAAAUUCAUUUGAAGAAAAGAAUGUUUUUACAUGAGAAAAGAGUUCUACUCCCUCAGGAUUGGUUUGAAACACCGACAUGGCCACCGUUUAAUUGUUUUAGAACACCAAUAUGGCCGCCGUUACGUCAUGAGAAAACGCUCUAUAGAGUUAAGGUGGCUAGCAGCUAUGCAAAUUUAUUGCAACAAAACAAAGGGUUUACAUAAGAAAAGGUGUUCAACUCCCACAGCACUGAUUUGGGACAACAACAUGGCCACUGUUUUUCUGAUUGCUUUGGGAUACGAUUAUGGAGGACGUCACGUCUUGUGAAAAGGCUCUACUGUCUUGUACUCACUACGGCUACUAGCCUAUUUCCUUAAGCCAAUUUUCUUUAGAACCAAUGUUCGAAUAUUACAAAACUAAAACUAAUACCUUUUCCCCAAAGCCCCCAACACCGUGUCAAGGUGCGAGUUCUAUCGCAGAAAUGAUGGAUCAUCACACAGACUGCACUAAAGAACGACCAAAUGGUGUUGCUGGAGGUCUGUCGCUUAGAAAAGGAGCGUUUCUCCACGAAAAUCUUUCUUCGGCAAGAAAAAAGCAGUCAUCUUCUUUGAACCCCUUUAUCGAAGGGUUUCCCAUAAAGCAAUACCCCCCUCAUUAUAUCGACACGUACGCGCGCAAGAUAUUUCCACUUCUCUUUGGACUAUUCAAUAUAAUAUACUGGUCUUACUAUCUACCGCGCCGAUGA